AUGAGCCGAGUGCGCAUGUUGGUGCACUUCGGCGUCACGCCUUAUCUUGUCUUCGAUGGCGAUUACCUACCCAGCAAGUCAGGUACGGAGAAAGAGCGGGCGGCUAGGAGAAGGGAGAGCAAGAAGACAGGGCUAGAGCUGCUCAAACUUGGGAAGACGUCCCAGGCGCACCUUGAGCUUCAGAAGUCCAUUGAUGUGACGCCUGAGAUGGCAAGGUUACUUAUUGAAGAGCUCAAACUUGCCGGAAUCCGAUACAUCGUCGCACCUUAUGAAGCGGACUCUCAGAUGGCGUAUCUUGAGCGGAAGGGCAUCAUCGAUGGAAUCCUCUCCGAAGACUCCGAUCUGCUGGUAUUUGGAGCGAAGUGCCUCAUUACGAAACUUGACCAGUACGGCGACUGUGUCGUGAUCCGCCGAGAUGAUUUUACCGCCUGCCGCGAGGUUAGCUUUGCGGGAUGGUCCGACGUGGAGUUCAGAAGAAUGGCAAUCUUGAGCGGCUGUGAUUACUUGGCGAACAUCGCCAACAUGGGCCUGAAGACCGCGUACAGGCUCAUCAGGAAGCACAAGACCGUUGAGAGGACCAUCCGUGCGAUACAAUUUGAUGGCCAGUUCAAGGUUCCGCCGAGCUACCUGGAAGCCUUCUACCAGGCAGAGAUGACGUUCUUAUACCAAUGGGUGUAUUGUCCACUGGCGAAGACUUUGGUAAACUGCACGGAUCCGGAGCCUGGCGUUGAUGUCACCGAGCUGCUGUACAUCGGCAAGUACGUCGAUGCAAUGGCUGCUGCUGGCGUUGCUCGAGGUGAUCUCCAUCCACAUACCAAGGAACCCAUUGUUGUUGACGUCAAAGCCUGGAGCAUGAGGAAGCCACUGGCGCCUGCGUCCCGGCAACAAACAACAGUUCAGACACCUGACUUGAAGAGGAACAAAUCCAUUGACUCUUUCUUCAGGCCCAGAAGGACGCCUCUGGCAGAGCUGGAUCCGAAUUGCUUUACACCUUCUCCGAGUCAGCAGCGAUUGCUGGAGCAGAACCCAUCAUCUUGGUUGGCGAGACCAGCUCCUUCCCGGCUUCACUCGACUUCAGUCCCUGCUGCUCCCUCCUCUGCUCCGCAACCAAGCCGUCGGACCGUUUCAGACUCAUGGUCAAGUCGGACGUCUGUGGCGCAUCCUAGCAAGCGGCCUAGGCUGUGUUCAGACAAUAUCAUGAGCGGUUCAGGGGAUGCCAUCCGCGUCGAGUCCGGCAGUAGUCGCUUCUUUGCUUCAGCGACAACCGAACCGAGCCCCUCUGUUCGGACUGGGAGGAAGACCGCGAAGGCGGAGUUCAAUCUCUGGUCAGACGAGUCGAUUGAGGAGGCCAUGGCCGAUUUACCCGAUCCAGAUGAUCUCGUCGUGAAGCCGAAGAAGAUCAGAAAGCUCUCUGUCUUCGCCGACGACACGCAGUCGAGCACACAAACAAUCAGCGCCGCAGACUCGCAGUCCACGGUCGCCAGUGCUGCUACCUCACAGACCUCCCAGACGAGCUUCUUCGGGACGGCAACUCCGGCUACCUCUUUUGGCAGUCCACCUGAGAGUCAAGAGGAUGAACCUUCUUUAUUUGAUGAGGCACUCUCACUUGAAGUCAAGGGCCUGCGGGCGAAGUUUACUUAUCAAGCGCCCGAACCUAGAAGAGCCGCGCCCUCAAGGAUACCUAAGGCUACUGUGAGGAUCAACAGCUCACUCAAGCUCUCACGAACAUCUUCUGCUCCGGUGACGAGCAUGAGACGGUCAAUAAAUGGGUUAGCGUCACAGAUAUCAGUUCCAGAGUCCUCUCCAACGGAACUGGAUGUACCGGAAGCGCCCGAGGUGCCAGCAAGCCAUCCAGCAUCUCCUGAGCUUGCCGUGACCGGCCCUCAAAUGUCGCCGUUAAUCUUCAAUCAGGUCGGAGAUGGAGACGAGCAACCGGACCUCGACGACUCAACUUGGCUCGCUGCAGACACGGAGACAGUUAUCCCAGCCAGUAGCCCGCCAAGGCACUUGGAAGACAGCACCACGAGAGUUAGAGAGGCUUCGUGUGUUGGUAUAGACACCAGCAAAGGUAGCGAAGAUCUGCUCAUUCCCGAUAGCGAGGGUGAGGAUGAGUCAGACAGCUCUGACGAGAAAACGCCAGUGCUGGACUUGGGACGCUUUGCUUUUGUCGCUUCAUAA